GUGGCAAUACCUGUACCUCAUGCUGCAGAAUCCUUCAAAAAGCUUGGAAUCCACCUUCACUUCCGUGAAAACUGCUCCAACUUGCAGUUGAAAACAAGAUUGGUGAUCCAUGGCCAUGGCGGCACCUACUUUUAGCUUCAAAACUUCUUUUUCUCAUCUUUAAUUACCCAUUUUCCCGUUUCUUGUGAGCGUUAUAUAAAUAAUCUGCCAAAGGAAUUAUAUUUAUUGAUUGCGGAUCGAAGGAACCAUCGAACGAAACCGACCAUGGAAAACGAGAACAUUGAACCGUUGACUGAUUUAGGCCUUGCGCUGGGGUAUUCCGGUUACACGAUCGCGAGAAGGACGAGCAAUGAUCUCGGUGCAGGUGCAAAUGCAGCUUCAAGGAUGGUCAUGAAUUUCGUGGCCGCCGAUCCCUUGUCCGAAAUAGUUUGGUCUCCACGCAGAGGUCUCUGUCUCAAGUGUACCGAGUGCAGCUUUUUGGAGAAUAAACAUUCCCUUCUCCGGACUGCAGGACUGAGCAAUAUGGUGAAUCAGAAAACCAAUACAUCCUCCUCCACAUUCCUUGAUCUGAAUGCUAAAGUUUCAGACAUGGACGACUCGGAUAAAUCAGCCGGGGAUAACGAUGGCAUCCAGUUGUGCCAUGAACCGCAGAUCGAUAAUGGUGAUUCUUUACAAGAUGUGGCAUUAUUCAAUGAUCCCGCGAAUGAAGUCGGAGAUGUAGGUGAUCGGACUCAAUUGGCACGGAUGGAGAUGGUUUUCGCAUCUGAAGUUCAAACCAACAAUGAAUGUGGUGCAUCUGGACCUCCAGAGGAAAAAUUUACUUCUGCUGAAGAUGAAAAGAACUAUGAGCACCAUGAGGGGAUACAAUCGGAGAAUGUGUCUGCUGGCAAGCAUUCUCCGACUAAUGGCGGAAUCCGUAGAUGCAGAAGAAAAGGAAAGGAAAAAACUUUGUCCGAUGGAGAUGUUAAAGGGAUGAUGUCAAAAGCCAAGGGAGAUGACAGCGGCGAGAGUGUUGAAAGUUGUAACAGUGCUGCAUUAUUCUCUACAGGCAAAAGACGGAAGGGCUUUGAGCAGGAGUUGAUUGUUGGGAGCAAAAGAGUGAAACAAGAUAGUCCCUUCAUGAACUGGAUAUCAAACAUGAUGAAAGGGUUCUUGAAAGCGAAAGACGAGAAGCCAUCUCUUAUGCUUACUGCUGCAAAUACGAAUAAGUCACAUGGUCGUGCCAUCGAGAAUCUUGAUGCAAGCAAUGAGAACCGAGAUCAGGGGUGCGGAAAUAUCGGUUUCCAAUCUGUUUUUCACACCAAGGUUCAAGGAACAUCACGACUUGAAAUUGAUCAAGCCGGACUCGAUCCAAAUAACAAGAUUUGUGACAUCAAUGCUACUUCAGUCACCUAUCAUGGAGAAAACUUUAACUUCCUUAAUGUGUUUAAUGGAAGGUUCGAAAAACCAAUUUGUGGUGACAGGGUAGGCCCGAGUGGGAGAAGUAGUGAGGGAAAUAUUGCACAGAAUACGAGUUCGAUCGAUUUGCAUGUGGAUGUGAGGAAGGAAAGAGCAAGCACUAGUUCUUCUUUAGGUAAACUAAAAAGGAACGUCGAGAACAUUGAUUUGGACGCACCAUCAGAAACAAAGACGGUUCAAAACAGUUGUCACAAAAGUAAUCUUCCAGAGAGCUUGUGGAUAACUCGGUUUACUCCCAAGUCUUUUAGCUCUUCGUUGAACCGGGAUACCGCUGGCGCUGUUGAGUGCUUUAGUGACUUCAUGAAGCAUACUCCUUUCUGCCAGAAUAAUGUUAAUGUUCCUAACAGCCUGAAGACUGUGGGGACUAGGCAGCAAGGCCCCGAAGUGCAGCUAACCAGUUCGAGUAAAGAAUUACCUUCUGCGUCUGAAAUGGAGGCAUCCAUUUCUAUCGGUUUACACUGCCUUAGGUCGAACGAUUCAGAGAUGAUGGCUUCUCUUUACUCUAGGAGAUUACAUGCUCCCAAGCACAUCAUGCCUUCUGGUGUUUUCGACAAUCAAACCUCGUCAACUGUCACAUGUUUCUUUUGUGGAAGGAAGGGCCAUCAUUUGGAAUAUUGUCCAGAUAUAACAGACAAUGAGAUUGAAUAUCUGAGGAAUAUAAAGUCAUCUAAUAGAUUCAAAGAAUUACCUUGCUCGUGUUUUAGAUGCUUUGAACUCCGUCGUUGGGAUGUCAUAUGCCCUACUGAAUCAAAAGUUCAACAUCAUCCAGCUUGUAGAGCUUCUUCGUCUAGUUUCGGUGAUUUGCAAUGUUAUGCCAGAUUUGAAGAGAAUACGAAACUUUUAGAUGAAAACCGAGAAGCGAUGGCUGGACAGAUAAUUCGGAUUGAUUCUGGAAAAGGCCCUCGUACUCUCUAUGAAGUUAUUGCAGACGAAAUGAAAUCAAACACAAAUGUGAAAAAGAAAUAUGUUGGUUCCAGUUCCAAGGAAAUCAAACCUUGGGAUGGUUUCACCAAUCAACAGGAUACAGAUACGCUAAAGGUAAUAUUUGAUGCCGUGAGGAUGCUUCGUUUGUCACGGACAGACAUCCUGAAGUGGAAGAAUUCACGAACAUCGGCCCCACGUCUCGAAGGAUUUUUCCUGCGAUUAAGGCUUGCGAAGUGGGAACAAGGACUAGGAGGAACAGGAUAUUAUGUUGCCUGCAUAACUGAGGGAAACAAACAGGGCAUACAACGAGAUUCGAAGAACUCCAUCACUGCAAACGUAGGGGGGGUCGAGUGCUCGGUCGAGAGCCAGUACAUCUCCAACCACGAUUUUCUCGAGGAUGAGCUUACGACAUGGUUGCAGGCAACCAAAAAGAGCGGCAGAAAGAUUCCAUCGGAAGAAGAACUUACAGUUCGAAUCAAAGAGAGAAGAUUGUUAAGGUUUUAGGCACAUUUUAUUUUGGUUUCAGCUGUUGAUGUGUGUUAUCUUGUUUGCACAGAACUUGUAAGGUCGAUCCUAUAUUAGGGUGUUUGCAUAAAGGGGUUGAAAAAUAUUGUGGAA